UGAAGGUCAUUUACAGCACGAUAUGUAGAUAUAGAGUGAGUAGUAGUCACGGAGAAUGACCAUUAUCAUCACGAUGCUUCACUUGACAGUUACUCUACUGGCGAUUUCUCUUACCUAUGCCGCGGGGGCACAUCAUCAUGGCCACAAUCACGAGUACCACACGGCCAGUCCUGGUGACGUGCAGGGUGAGCUGGACCACCUAAGCUCACACUUUGGGGACCACCUGUGUGUCGACCUUCUCAUGUUGGACUGUAGAAAUCACCAUGCUAGCCAAGACGAAAGGAUAUGUGGCUCGGACGGAAAGACAUAUCCAAAUCAUUGCUACUUUGUGCAUUCGACAUGCAUGUUCGAAGAUCUGGUCGUCGCAGGACAUGGUCAGUGCAUAGUCACCAGCGAGAAGCCUUCCACCGUCAUGCCUGCUGUCGGAACUACCAUGAUGCCAUCCACCGCCAUGCCUGCUGCCGGAACUGCAAACACAUUAAUGACAACCAAAGUUACCAUGCAAACGACAACUGUUAAAUCUUCUUCGCAAGUCAUACAGUCCGUUUUCUGUCAGAAUAAAGACGCAAUUAAUUGUGACCUGACGAUUUUGUUUGUGUGUGGUUCGGACGGACACCUGUACCCAAACCAGUGUGAGUUGUCAAAGGCUGCAUGUGAUGACCCGUCAAUUAUCAAGGUAGACAUCUCCCUGUGUCCAUAAUUAUAUCAUGGUCACCAACAUUUCAUCAAUGAUAGUUUGGAUAAUAAAAACUUACGUUUCUGUUGGUUUUGACUUCAUAUAAAACCGAUGAAAUGAGCGUGUAACGUGUCUGCUUUGAUUUUUUUCUAUUUCUAUAUAUAUAUAAUCUAGCUUACGUAGAGUUCUGCGGCUGUGGGGUGGUGUUAAUUGUCAGGGUUCACCCCGCGGCUCAGUGAAAACAUUUGUAAUACAGGUAUGUAAAAUAGCGAAACAUCUGUCUAUGUAGUGUUAUCUUAGUGAAAUAUCCCAAUGUGAACACGGUACUCAAUCCGGAGACAUUAUACAGCCAACGUUCUGCCAAUCAUCUUCAUGUUUUGACUCACGGAUCUAUGGCGUACCUCUAUUCUAGAUGUUCAAAACAAGUGGUAUAUUUGCUGUCCUCGCCAUGCAAUAGCAACUCGUAUUUGGUUAAUUGUUGGGUGAAAAGAUAUUCCGAGAAUAGUUAAUUUUAAUGAAUCUUCAUAGAUUGUUUGGCUGAAAGAAUCUUCAUAGGAUGUUUUUGUUGAGUUAAAAGAAUAUUUGUAGAAUGUAUGGUUGAAAAAUCUUCGUAGAAAGUUAAGUUGAAAGAAUCAUCAUAGAGUGAUUGGUUAUAGGAAUCUUUAGAAAAUAGUUUAACUGAAAAGGUCGUCAUAAAAUGUUUGGUUGAGAUGAAAGAAUCAUCAUAGAAUAUUUGGCUGAAAGAAUCUACAUAGAAUGUUUGGUUGAAAAAAAUAUCAAUAGGAAUGUUACUGAUAUAGAUUUUAUUUUCAAAAUCAAAAAGUGCUUUAUUUUAGCGAACAUUACUCUGCUUAGAUCUAAAUAAUAGAGCUCAUGCACAUAUUGAAUAUGAUUAUUUCAAUGAGAUUUUCAUCAACAAACAAUUCGGGUAAAUGUUUGAUUUUGUAUAUAGCUGCUAAUGUUUUUAAUAUACCCGUUUACAAUCAAAAUAAAUUCAUAAUCAUCA